AUGGGCUCUGGAUCAGCCAGUCUCAGCAGCAGCAGCAGCAGCAGCGUGCUUCACGCCACCCUCCACGGUCAUCGACGCAACGCCACUCCGCUUCGGAUAGUGCUGCUUGCAUCGACAGCCGCUGCAUUCGUGUCCUCGAUCGCACCGUCAAGUGCACUGCAACCACGCCAAUUGCGAUUUGGCAACAGCAAUAGUGGCAAGUACGCCCGCAGCGCCGCCGAGUCCGCCGACCUCGCCAAGGCUUGCUCCAGUCAGAACACCGCUUCACGCAGCACAAAGUCAUCUCUGAAAAUGGCGUGGCGAUCGCACGGGACGACCAACGACGGCCUCGUGGAUGCUCUCCAGCGAAACGGCAUUAUCGUGUCAACCGAGGUCGAAGCCGCCAUGCGUGCCGUUGAUCGAGGCGAUUUCACCCUCACACAACCAUACCAAGACUCUCCACAACCCAUUGGUCAUGGAGCUACGAUCUCCGCACCGCAUAUGCACGCACAUGUGCUCGAACUCCUCAAAGGUCACCUUCGCCCAGGCAUGCGCGUUCUUGAUGUAGGAUCUGGCAGUGGCUAUCUCUGCGCUUGCAUGGCUCAUAUGGUUGGGCCGGCCGGCAAGGUGGUCGGCAUCGAGCACAUCCCGGAGCUGGUCAACAUGUCGCUCAUCAACCUCAAGCGCCACCAUAACGAGGCGCUUGAAGCUGGGAGAAUCGAAAUUGUCGUCGGCGACGGUCGACUCGGCAUUUCUGGGAGCCAAUUUGACGCCAUUCAUGUCGGAGCCGCUGCACCCACCAUCCCGCAAAGUCUCGUGGAUCAACUGAAACCCGGCGGUCGUCUCGUCAUCCCCGUCGGCCAAUCCUUCGGACAAUCACUCGAGCAGGUUGACAAACUGCCUGACGGCUCAAUCGUGACGCAGCACCUCAUGGGUGUCAUCUACGUCCCGCUGACCGAUCGCGAGCAUCAGCUGCAGAACGCAUGAAAAAGUUGGCCAUUUCUGCUCUAGUUUCAAUUCAAUUUGUGAAUAGUG